GUCAUGACCAAGUGGACUAUCCACCUUACAAUAGUGAACGGGAGAAAUUUGUGACGUGCCUAACCCAGAUUUUCCAUUAUCAAAUGUUGGCGUUCGUACGGUUCUGAAGCGUGUUAUGGAUAUAAAUAUGUGCUGAUUUUAUUCAAGAGUCAUUUAAUCGUCAGGUGAAUGUGAUGAUGCGUGAUAGCGCCUGUUAACACGACAGAAACUAAGUUCUAAAUAGUGAGCUCCUGGUCUGCAGCAUUGGAGCAAUAUUAAUAUGAACAAUCCAUAUCGAGCGAGGCCAGCUAGAGCUAGGGUGGACCAUGCUUCGGUACCUGCUUAUGGUUCUCGGAAUCAAAAUACAUGGAAUACUAUGCCACCUCAAGGGCAGCAGGGUACACAAUCUUCCAAUGUUUAUCAGCAACCAUCAAAUCCCAUGAUUCAACCUCAGCAGCAACAACAGCCACAGGAUCCAUGGGAAUGGAGUACCGACAAUGGUAAUAAUGGCAAUAAUGAUUCGUGGAAUUGGAGCGUUGAUCAAAAGUCAGAAUCACAACAGCAUUUGCAGCAACAUCAGUUUCCAUCCAGUCAUGUACAUAGUGGUCAAACUAAUCAAAAUCCACAGCCAGGAAUUCACUAUCAGAAUGCAAAUAGAAACAAUAGACCUAAUGUACUUAAUCAAUAUCCCACAUUUGAUGGGACUUCAUCAAGGACUAGCUUAAGUAGUGGAUCAACAGCAAAUCAUAAAGAAGCAUAUAAUCAAUAUACAUCUUACGACUAUGAUCAGUCACUACAGCAGCGGCAGAAGCAGCCGCCUCAGCAGCCACAACAACAGCAGUAUCAUGUACCUCCUAGGCCUAAUUCUAAGUCAAGUCCGGCUUUACCUGAUCAUGUACAAUGGUCUGCAAACAGCCAGCAGGUGCCAAAUUUACCUCCAAUCUCACAAAACCCUGUAGCUCGUGAGAGUAUUGACAAAAUUCAAACACCUCCACUUCCUCCUCCAACAAACAACUACAAUUGGCAUAGCAGUGGUCAACCUUCCUCACAAUAUCUGCAGAAUCAUCCCAAUGCCACUGGCAGUGGGACUUGGCAGGAACCUUUAAACAAGCAACAGUCUAUGGAUAAUCAGAAUCAAUGGCAGCCUUCAGUCCAAGCUUCUCAACCCUUCGUAUCUCCUAAGGAAUACUCUCCGCCAAUUAACAAUGAAAAUUCUUCUAAUUGGAAUAAUCAUCAGCAGCAAAGUAAUUUACCUAAUCACUGGCCGACUAACCAUUUGUACGGUGCUCCAAAUGAAUCAAAAUUACCUGAUUAUCAUCAGAAUUCUGCUUUUACAACGACAAAUCAAUGGCAGCAGUCACCGUACCAGUCGUCAAAUCCUUCAGAAGAACCUGUGAGUGGGCACUCUACUGCCAUGAUAACCAAUCAGCAAAAUAGAAAUAUUCCAACAAAUCUUUUGCAGCAGCCACUUGCUCAUCACGAAACUUCUAGUGCUAAUGAUUGGACACCUUCGCCAAGACCUACAGAGUUUGCACGAACAGAGCCAGAUACACCGUCAAUGAAUCGUCACACGCAGGACUCCACCGAAACAAUAGAAAGUCAUAAAAGUUUAAACGAUUGGCAACACAAUCAAUCUCCCCCAUCACAACUUUCAUCUUCUCCAGGCCCCUCAGUCUCUCUAUCAUCCAAUAGCGUUGAGCAAAUUGUGUCAACAAAAAAGCAAAUUAGUGAAAGAAAGAGAUCUGUGGGUAUGCCAGUUUCGAGUGCUAUGCUCUUGAGUGACCCAUCAAUACAAACCAAACCAAACGUCAUUGAACGAAAAUCUUUGGACGAGUCCCAUUGGUCUGAACCUGAAAUUAAUGCAAUUCCAAAUAAUCCGGAAAAUGUUGCUGCUCAAAAUAGCAGUGAUGUAGACUGGUCUACCACUGAUGAGUGGAGUACUGUUCCAACAGGAGGUGAUUUAUCUAGUGGUUUUAGUCAAUUAAGCCUUUCUGGUAAAUCUAAUAAGUUAGUAGAAAAUCAAGCUCCACAGUCCGAUAUGCAUUCCUCCUUUAACUCCAAUGAUGGCUGGAACUCUCAACCAAUCUCUGGAUCUUUGUCUGAAAAUUUAUUGGCAAAAUCAUCACGUGAAAGUAUAGCUAAUGCGCAGCCAGACCAUUUCCGUGAUGUCUCUGAAAAAGUUCAAGCUGCCGAGACUGACAGACAAUCGGAUAAUCAAUCUAUCCCUCCUCCACUGGGCUCUCAAGAACAUACUUCGCCUCAUACAUAUCAAACCGAUAAUAGCCGGGUUUCUGAAGUUGCACCACAAAAUGCUGGAUACGAUCAGUGGUACGCACAGCGUAAUACUGCAGUACAAUCAGAGAAUAACUGGUACCGUCAGGACAACCAGAGUAGACCACAAAAUUGGACACCUGAGCAGAAUAUUGAAAAUUAUGAAAACAUACAACAGUCUGCCGAGUUUGUGAAUUUAGAAGUUGUGACUCCUAUGCUACAGAAACGGAAUAUUUACGGAUCACACGAUUCCAUAAAUAGAGAAACUUUAGAUAACGAACCUAAAUCAGGCACAAGCCAAUUGAAGGAUCCGGCUGUUCCAAGAGACUUGCAAGAAGACAUCAAUAAUGUUGAAGUACCAACUCUACAUCAACCACAACAAUCUCUUCAAGUUGAACAGGGACCGGACAAUUACGAGUUUGCGUCAAAUGAUAGAAAUACAUUCUUGGAAACUGGUGAAUUAACAGAUUCUCAUCAGCAGCAUGAGCCUUCACCACCUAGCCAAGAAGAUGAAAAUGAUGAGGUUCCAAAUGAUAUUCCUUUCCUAAGAGAGGUGCCUGGCCAGUCGAGUAAUUCGGAUCCUCGGAGAAACGAUCCAACAGGCCAAGAGCAGAACAUUCAAGUUGGUCUACGCAAUCUGGAUCCUCGUAGAAAUGAUCCUUCUGGGCAAGAACAUAACGUUCAACCAAUGAGAAAUAUCAGCGAUCGAACUGAGCGCAGAGAUGUUCCUUCAGGUCAAGAACGAAAUAUUCCCUUGCAAGUACGGGCUGAUACAGAGUUACUCGAGCGCCGAAAUGAUCCUUCUGGUAGGGAAAGAUCAUUGCCUCCUCAACAGUUUAGAAAUGAUGCUCCAUCAGAAAAUCGCAGAACUCUGCCAGAUACAAGACGCAAUGAUCCGUCUGGUGAAGAAUGUCUACAACCACAGCUUGUUCCAGCUCCAGAACCAACUGACUUGAGAGAAGUUCCGGGAAGAGGAAACGAUAGUGAAGAACUCACUCAACCAGUGGAUAAUGGUGUGCGGCAAAUCCCAGGGGGAGCUUCACAUAGUGAGGGAGUCCCAAUUUCUAAUGAUAGAGAGGAUGCGCGAGUAGUCCCUGGAUCUCAAAAAGGAGCAACACUCACCUCUGGAAACCCUAAACAUGAUCAAUCCAAUGAGACUCGGAGCAAACGGGAGGAAGCAGUUGGUGCUUCAUUGGGUGAAAAUCAAGGUGGUAAUGUCCAAUUGAAUCGGAGAGAUUCGUAUGAGGAAGGAGAUGAUGAAGGAUCUGGAAAUAGUAGGGAGGAAAGCAGAGAGCGGCGAAGGGAGAGAAGUUCAGAACGACGUGGAUAUGAGUAUGACAGAAAAAGCAGAUAUUACGACCGUGACCGUGAUUACGAUGAAGAUUAUUAUUACGAACCGAGACGAGGUGUUGAUUUCGAACGAGCCUACAACUCUCGAGAAGAUUUGGAUCGUCGUGAUACCUCAUACCGUGAUGACGAGCGACGCCACACAAGUAGGGAUGAUCUAGAUAGACGUGGCAGAGAAAAAGAAGAGCUCGAUAGAAGAAGCAGAGGUAAGGAUGAUCUUGAUGAUAGAAGAAAAAGGGAUAAUGAUAGAAGAAAAGUAAGAGAUGGAGAUACACGGGCAAGAGACCCAAGAGACUAUGAUCCGAGAUAUGUGCGCGAUAGGGAGUACCCUGAUCGAGAAAGGGGAAGAGAGACUGAUAGACGGGGGCGUAGGUACGAAGACUAUGAUCCACGGGAUUCCUAUAGAAGAGAUUAUUAUGAAGAUCCUUACACCAGAAGCUCGAGGCCAUCCAGCAGAUCAUCCUAUAACGACAGAGAUCGAGACUAUUAUACGAGGGGUAGAGAUCCUUAUUAUGGAUAUAACGGUACGAAAGCGUAUGGCGGGGGUUAUGCAGAUUAUACUUCAAAUUAUGGAACAAACUACUAUGCAUAUUUGGAGAACUUGAGGCGUACGAAUCCUGCUGCUUAUAUGGAAUGGUAUCACAAAUAUUAUGCCUCGCAGCAUCAGCAGCCGCAGGCUGCUCGAGGCGGUGUCAACUAUUCAGAGGACAGGGCAAGUGUUCAUUCGGGACGUAGCUCAUGUGAUGAAAGCUUGUGUAAUAGGACAACUGGUGAUAAACGCACCCUAGGUGAUAUCUCUUUAUUGGAAGAUACUGCAAUUGGAUCAGCCCGAUUAACUCCCACCAAAUUUUCUACGUCUCAUGUUAAAGUUAGUUUCUCAACCGGCUCAUUGGUUCAUAUGCAUGCAAGCUAUCCUGCUGAUGGAGAACUUGCCAGAGUAGAUAUUCUUCGUGUGUCAAGUUUACUUGCGCAUGAUCCCAUUGUGCGAGAACUAGUGGCAUACCCUGGCCCUCUGAUUAAGCAAGUGGGUGUCACCCACAAAAAAACCAUUAUCGAAUAUUGUGAGGCGAAAAUAAAGAAAGCAGAAUACAGUGAAGAUGUGGACGAUCCACCGUCAUAUAUAUUAUUGUACGAGUUGAUGGUGAUGCUGAUCCGCCAAAAUGGGAAUGUUGUUGGAGUUGACAUAGCGGAGCUAUUGCUCUCCAAUCAAAAGUCAUAUCCAUACAAUGAAAAACAAAGGCCAAUUCAUGCCAGAAGGGAAUCAGUGAUUUCUCAGAAGUCCGUUGUUACGAGUGGAGAUGAGCUCAAUAGAGAUACUGCAACACCUUUGGAUACAGAUGAGAAACGCAAUUUAAAUAAUCCACUUUCCAUUGAUCAAGUCACAGAUCAUUUUAGGGAGUUGCUUUUAUAUGGGUGUGGCCAGGAAGCAUUAGAAUAUGCAAUGGACAAUGGACUCUGGGGUCACGCUUUGUUUCUUGCUAGCAAGUUGGAUAAACGAACACACGCAUCGGUCAUGACUCGGUUUGCGAAUGGAUUGACGGCAAACGACCCGUUGCAGACAUUGUAUCAGCUUCAGUCUGGUCGAGUACCGGCUAGUGUUACGUGUGUCGCGGAGCCUAAAUGGGGAGAUUGGCGACCUCAUCUAGCAAUGAUAAUAUCGAACACAUCCCCUAAUCCAGAUAUUAAUCGUAAAGCGAUCACCACCUUAGGUGACACUUUGAUGGGGAGAGGUCAUAUACAUGCAGCCCAUUUCUGCUACAUUUUGGCUCAAGUUGAUUUCGGGCCUUAUGGAGCGCCAACUAGUAAGCUAGUUCUGCUUGGUUCAAACCCCAAUAAGCCAUAUAAAGAGUUUGUUACCAAUGAAGCCAUCAUGUUCACCGAGAUUUAUGAAUACGCCCGCAACCUCAGCGAACCUGGCUUUAUGCUCGUUGAUCUACAGACUUUCAAAUACGGGCUGGCUGUGAAAAUGGUUGAUUAUGGACUCACAGAAAAAGCUUUAUUGUACAUCGAACAGAUUGCUGUAAACAUUGCUCGUGAGCCAUCAAAGUAUCAGUUGUCGUUUAUUGAGCAUAUUCACAAUUUAGGCGACAGAAUUAAGUAUAAUGAUCCAGUAUGCAAGGACUCAAUUGAUGAUGCUGCGAAUCUCACAUGGCUCAAUAAUUUGAAAGAAAUUGUUGAUAAGUGCAAGAAUGGAGAAAUUAUUCAAGAAAGUAUGUACGACACACACGCUACAAAUGAUGAUAAUAACAUUAAUCAACCGCAAGAACAAUACAAUGGUCAGCAGCCUCAACAACAUUGGGGUGCGUGUCAACCUGAAUAUCACGAUGGUCCAACUUCUCUCAUGGAAGUGCCAACAGUUGACGUACAAAGAGAGUGGCAGCCGAUGUCGUUGCCCAAUACUAUCCAGGACCCGUAUACUUCAAAUAAUCAAAAUCCUCAGUAUAUUGAGAAUUCGCCUGAUGUCACUCAGAACCAGCAACCACAGUCACAAUUAGAUUAUUGGGGACAGCAAGGUUAUAGUCAACCUGGUUACACUGCUCCAGAAUAUUCUCAGACCGAUCUACAACAACAGCCUGAGCAGUCGCAAUAUCGGAAUGAACAAGUACAUACCGAUAAUGUACAACAAGAAUGGAACUAUGAGUCAAAGAAGGAAGAGAAGCCACCUACACCUGACCCGCAGCCAACAAUAAGUAUGGGACCAUCCAAAAAUAAGCAAUAUGAUCCCUUAGCAGAACUCGAUGCUUUGGAUAACCCAACACAAUCAUCAAAAUUAGCUGGAGGAUCUAAAAAACCUGUUGAGAAACCAUCAGAAAAGAAAAAUGCUGCCAGUGGGAGUUCAUGGUUUGGUGGAUUCUUCAGUAAACUUGCUCCUAAGCCGAAGAAUCAGAUGAUUUUGCCAGAUGAUAGUGACCCAACGAUCGUGUGGGAUGCUGUUGGUAAAAAAUGGACAAAUAAAGAUGCUGAUGGGGACGAGAGUUCUGGCGCCCCACCACCUCCACCAAAAGCUUCUGAAAUGGGCUUCAGAUUACCUCAAACAGAAUCUUUACCUCCAGUAAAGACAAUGCCGUCUUCUGUUGACCAUUCAGGUCGAUUUGAUGAAGUCUCUAAUAAUGUUGUUCACAAACCACCCACUGGAAACAACAUGUUUAAGAUGCCAAAAGGCAGAAGUUUAAGAGCAAACUACGUUGAUGUAAUGAACCCUGGUGGGUCAAAAAGUGGUGCUGCUGCACCAUCUGUAACACCUCCUACAGCUGCCGCACCAAUGCCCAAUACUACAACUUCACCUCAAUUCUUUAUUCCUGCACCAGUGAAUGAUCCAGGUGCACCAGUUGACUUUUUGACCUCUGCCUCAGUAGCUAAUGGUGAAAAUCUACAGCAAGGGCUCUCUCGGUGGAGCUCGGCAAGCUCGCUUUCUCGAGAGGUACAGAGCUACACUAUGAGGGAUCCGCGUCUCCUUCAACAAGAAAAGGUAAUAUUUCUGAACUCUGGUAUUAUUUACUCCAACAUAUUUGAUAUAGUAUCAACAUCAAUUUCAAAGCUUGUCUACUUGGAUGAUUUGAAAUUUAUAUUUCUAAUUCUUAGUUGUCACUUGUGAUGACUUUGCUAAGCAUAAUAGGCGAUUGAGCGAAUCAAUGGAUGGUAACUUUCCAGAAUCAAUAGUCUUUCAACAUGUUUUACUUGUCCGUCACAUCGCUUGACGCUCAAAUGAACAGACACAAUGUGGACAUCUCAGAGAAGAUCCUAGAUUGUGAAAAUCAUUUCACUGUAUUUCAAUGACUUGUUGCUCGCAUGUUGUACACACACAUUCACUGUAUACUUUUCUAUUACGCGAAUCCUACCCAUGGCUUGCAAAUGAUAAAUACGUUUGCAUCUGCAGGAUAUCUUGUUAUUGAUUCAAUGCUUAUGGACCCAAUGAAGAAUCUCGUGAUGUACAAUGAACGAAAAGUAUACUAAAAGGGAAUUACUUUUUGCUAGUUGAGCUGGUUUAUAUGCUAGAAUUAUACUCUAAUCACUUCAAAUUGACCUCAAUAAUUUUAAGCAAUUUGUAUUGCGUCUGUUGCGUUCAUUUUUCAACCUGGGAGGUGACUGUGCCUAUGGCAUAUAAUAAUAUCAGUGCAAGUAUGGUGCAAGUAGAAAAACGCUAUUUAGUAUCAAGGUGUUGGUUUUUGCAAGGCAACAUUUUUCAAUUCACCUAAUUAAUAUGAGGAGAGAAUAUUAAGUGCUUCUUAGCCACAAAUUUAUCUUUGAGAUGUAGUUUUAUAGUUAUUUUUUUUUCUAUAGAUGAAUUUAAAAUGGCGUAUUAUUUUAUACCUUCAAAUGUAAUAUGAAAUUUUACAUUCACAGGGACCAAUGAUGUUUAAUCCUACAGACGUGAAAGAUUCUGCAUCAAAAAAGGCUUCUCGGAGUAGAUAUCCUCCUCGAUAAACAGAUACUUUCCGCCACAACUCAUGGCCUGAAUAUACAUUUUUACACAUCCACUGAUGGAUAACAAGCGUGGUAAAUCCAAUAAUUAGGUAUGAAUAUAAUACGUGGUUACGUUAUGAAUACUUAGGCAAAAAAACAACAUGAUGCGACUUUGCUUAUAGGAUAAUAUAGUGUUCUAAAUGAGCAGUGUGUCUUGGGCUAUUAAUUCGAUGCCUGUUUCUUGCAGUUACUAAUUGUAAGUAGGAAAAUGUUAUGAAUUUGAAAAGGCAAGCUCUUGAACACAGAUGCACGAGCAAAGAAGCUAAUGAUCAGAUUCUUUUUUGUUUCUGUCUUAGCAGAUAUUAGACAAAUUGAGAAAUAGUGUAGUUAGGUUGCAAGUUUUAAGACUACUUUUAAGUGAAGGAUACAGUCGAGUUGAGUAUUUACACAAUUAUUCUAUGGAGCUCAAUUUCAUUAGCCAAAAGGAAAAUAAACAUUUUCGUAAUAUGUUCUAUUUUGUAUAUAAAUACCGAGCUCCAGAAUCGAAUUUGUAAUUUUAUAACACAAUUCUUAUGCGAUAUUAUUGACAAGUGAAAACUGCGUUCCGAACAGAUUGAACAAUAAAUAUAAACUAAUAUGGUUUUUUAAACUAACAUAAGACAUCCAAUUUCACUGUAAAAUUCUGCAUUUAUUUUUUUCGAUCAUUCUGGAAGAAUUCUUUGGUCCACCUAUGAUUGUAAAUAAAGCCCUUUAUCCUUUAUUUAAUAGUAGUUACAAACUAAUAUAAACAUUAACAAUGGUGACACUAAUAAUUCUCAAAAAUUUAUGAGGAAUUAUCUUACUGAAGUUGGUAUACGCUGCUACUCAAGGCUGAUUUUUUAAACAAUAAUAGAAAUAUCGCAGACAUCACUUGAACCGUUAAGCUUGAACGGAUGUAUAGGAAAUGAAGUUAUAAAAAAUUAUCUGGUAAUCAGAACCAUCGUUAUUGUAUGCUUAGCAAUAUUUGGAAUGGCAUUUUUUGCGAAUAUGCGCUCGUAUAGCUACCAAAUAUGCAAUGCAGCAAAGAAAUCUAAGAAAUUUCCUAGCAUACUCGUGAAACGUUAUUGUUAGUCCUAAACCAACAAGAUUGAAGCAGUAUCUGGGUAUUGGAAUAGUGGCACGACUUUGUCAGCAAUUGUACUGAAAAAAACCAACACUAACUUCUGAGCUAAUACUGAUGCUGCUAUCCGAAUAACAAAUAAUUCUAACUUACCAUUACAAUGGUGCUCGCGUACGAUGUUUAAUUUUUUCUGUAAUCUAGUAAUGUUUUGUCGAUCCUGCUGCCCACUGCACGCCUUAAUGAAACGAGCUGUAUAUUUUGUUAUCAACAUUUAUGAAUUGUAGUGCCGCAAUGUUUGUUAAUAGACGAGGUUCGCUUAUAACGAUGCCUAAUAAGAUCCACUUGUACAGACGUAAUGAAGUUGGCCCUUUUAUUUUUGAUGGCCUAGAAUACUUGUGUUUUGAAUCAUUGCUUUUUUCAAUUAACAUUACACCCUGUGUGGUGUACUAUUAUGGGUUCUGGGUUUCUACUGACCGAAUUUCCGUGUUAUUGAUAGAUGGUUAGGAUUGUUCAUUUCCGUUAUUUGUGUUUUCGCGAAACUAGUUGCAUUUGCAAAGCAUUAAACACUGUUUUUCCAAAUUGCUCAAACUAAGAAGUUGAUAUAUUCGUCACUUCAAUCCAAAUGAUAUUUAUUGUAUAUAGGAGGUAUGUUGGCUGCCGUUUUCGUUGAACCUUAUAUUAUCCUUGGCGUCAAUUGAAUAAUUUUAAUUAUGUAACUUGUUUAAGAGUUUCCAACUAAAGAAUGAAAAAAAGGGAUUGUUUGGGACUGACAAUACUUGUUUUCUUUGCCCAAUUAUUCGUUAGACAGAUGAAUCAUUGAAACAAUUACAAACUCAUUUAUGUUUUUUAAUUUCCUUGAAUUAAUAUUAUACGGUGCUUUAAUUGUCAUUUUCCGCAAGCAAAGCAGCUGGUUUUCUGUAAAUUUUUUCCAGCUAAGUAAUUUAUACAAAUACCUAUUUUACCUGUGAAACUUUGGUUUAUGUUGUUUUUCUGUAAUGCAUUGUAUGUUUAUAUCCUCAUUGAAUCCUUAUUGUCUAUCUAUGUCAUGUUUUUGCAAGUGUGAACAUAGAUCGUGUUGAAUUGAAUUAGCGAAAUAUGCAAUUCGGAAUAUUGUUACUGUGAAUGUAUAGAGAUGUUAUCAGAGGAUGAAUUUUCGAGAGUACAUUACUUUCGGCAUUUUGACAUAUUCUUACUGGUGCUUGUUCUUGCGGACAAUGAUUAUAUUCAGCAUUUUCCCUUUGCUAUCACAAUAUAGACAUGUUCAGCAAUUACUAAUUCUAUUGUCAAAAUCAAGUAAAACUACGUUCAUGUAAGCGUUUCCAAGGUUGUGAAUGGUUGUCUCUUAAUCGUAAUUAUAAAUGUUAUCUCCAACUAGCUCGAUUACGAAUUUUUCUGUACUUGCAGUUGUGCAAUGAUAUGUAUUCAUACCUGUAACUACCCACUGAAGAAACACAUUGAGGUACCGCUAAUGCAAGAAAGAUAGACCUGAUAUGGUUAGUGUUGUUAUGAAACAGCAGUAUUAUUGGAGCUGUAUGUUAUGUAUGAGUAAGAUUGCUAAGCAAUGUGAUUUGGCUUGAGAUGUAAUACAUUAUAUGGAUACCAUUCUUUCAGAGUUGAUGUACGUUUAUGGGUAAUAUGGAUAACGUGUAUUAUAUAUUAUUAUAAUUGAUGUCAUUUACGAAAAUGAUAAUAAAAUAUAUUAUGAAAUCAAAA